AUGUAAUAACAAAAAAAUAAAAAAAAGAAAUUUUAGAAGCAUCAAAGGUCAGGUCAACAACAUGCACAAUCAGACAUUCUAUAUAGUGGAUUCUUGUUGACUUGUGAUAAGAACAGGGAGAGAGAAGCUGUAAAGGAGGCCUAUUAAAUAAUUGAACAAUAUGUUGAAUAAAUUUAUCCGCAGGAAUCAUCAAAAUAUGAAAAACUGCUCGAAUAAAAUACAAGUAACAAGGCAGUCGUCAAAAUGUUGUACAAUUUCGAAACCAAGGUGAAGUGCGUGAUUUUCAUCAGAAUUAAUAGCCAAGAAUUUCCAUCCAUCGAUGUCGAUGAAUUGAGUCGAAUUAUCCUCAGUGAUGUAUAUGAAAAGUCACAACAAGUGGCCAGAUAUAUCUAUAGAAUGAUUCCCAUCUAAUAUGUAUUCAGAGCAACUCUAGAGGAAUUUAAAAAGCAUGCUCUAUUGCUCGUGAAUAAGCAUUUCUAAUUAGAUCGUCCACAUCCCUGGUUUCUGAUAUUCAAAACUCGAUACACUGAUAAAAUCAAUAAACAAUAGGUCUUAUCCAUCUUGUAAGAGUUGAUUGAGCCUCUGCAUUAUCAAGAUUGGCAAGAGCCUGAUUUCGUCUUCUUUGUCGAAGUAAAUGGUGCAAUUAUGUACAUCAACAUACUGCCCAAAUACCACGAAUAUAGAGAGUACUCCAUCAGAAAAGGGGGAUAGCCCGUCUUAGACACUAUGCCAGAGAGAAAAAACAACUUUACAGACAAAAUAGUGAAGAAGGUUAAAGGGCAAAAUGAGUAGGAAGUCUAGAAUGUGGUUAACAUUCAGGAUCCGAAUUCAGACUUCUAGAAAAAAGAAUUUUUUGUUGAAUAGGACGUAGAUUUACUGUGAACUGAAUAUGAA